UAUAGCGGUCGCGUACUCGAUUUUGUGACUAACAGUCAAUAAUGUAGUUUGGCUGUUUGCCAAUUUUAGUCAUCACAAAUCAUUCGUCGCUCAUUAUCCAUUAAAUUAGUGCAUAUUGUCCUUGAGGGCGGACGCGCGCGGGCCUAACAUAGUUUUCUUUCUGCAAACCCACGAAGACAGUGAUGAGAGGCGGCGUGUGAGACUACGUCGCGUAACUUGGGACCUUCUCGGCGAGUGAACUGCUAAACAUGACGUCUGAAAAGGAGAAGAUGGCCGCUGAAACGAAAUCGCCCUCUAAUAAGAGCAACUGCACGUCACCAGGGAAAAAAGGUGACAACGACGAGCAUGGUCUGCCCACACAGAAGGACAAGGGAUGUGACACCAAUCUUUACCUAUAUCAUGAAGAAAUCGAAGACAGACCUCGAGCGGCGACAUUCCUCAGCUCUCUGGCAGACUACUCGAAUACCAUUCCCACGGCGUCGGCGGCGGACCCUGACGCUGCUAAACCGGCGCCCCCUGCCCGUAUGGGCACGCUCAUCGGCGUCUACCUUCCUUGUAUUCAAAACAUUUUCGGUGUUAUCCUAUUCAUCCGUCUCACAUGGGUCGUGGGCACUGCGGGCGCCAUACAAGGCUUCCUGAUUGUACUUACAUGCUGUUGUACGACAAUGCUUACAGCGAUAUCAAUGUCAGCAAUUGCGACAAAUGGGGUGGUGCCAGCAGGCGGGUCGUACUUCAUGAUCGGUCGGUCGUUAGGUCCCGAGUGCGGAGGCGCUGUUGGUAUGCUGUUCUACACCGGCACCACGCUAGCAGCCGCCAUGUACAUCGUCGGUGCAGUCGAAAUUGUUCUGACGUACAUGGCUCCCUGGAUGUCAAUCUUUGGUGAUUUCACCAAAGAUCCGGAGGCGAUGUACAACAACUUCAGAGUGUACGGCACCGGUCUGUUACUAGUAAUGGGCAUGGUGGUGUUUGUCGGAGUCAAGUUCGUGAACAAGUUCGCGACGAUUGCGCUCGCGUGCGUUAUACUUUCCAUCACCGCCGUUUACGCUGGCAUCUUUGUCAAUUUCAACGGAAACUCGAAUCUGCAAAUGUGCGUACUUGGAAAAAGACUGUUAAAAGACAUUCAUAUCAGCAAUUGUACGAAAGCACCUAAAGGCGAACUGGAACAACUAUUUUGUCCUAACAAGACUUGUGAUCCAUAUUACUCUGCACACAACGUUAGCAUCGUUCAAGGCAUCAAGGGUUUGUCCAGUGGAGUUUUCUUCGACAACUUACAAGAUUCGUUCUUGCAACUUGGCCAGUACAUCGCCUACGGAAAGGAACCUGAUGAUAUUGAACAAAUGGAGCGGCCAACGUAUAACCAAGUCUACGCCGACCUCACAACUACGUUCACAAUCCUUAUAGGGAUCUUCUUCCCUUCUGUUACUGGUAUCAUGGCCGGCUCCAAUCGUUCCGGUGACCUAGCUGAUGCUCAAAAGAGCAUCCCCAUUGGCACAAUCUGCGCUAUCCUCACCACCUCUACUGUGUACCUCUCCUGUGUACUGCUAUUCGCCGGCACCGUCGAUAACUUAUUACUACGAGACAAAUUUGGCCAAUCUAUCGGCGGUAAACUAGUGGUUGCCAACAUGGCAUGGCCGAACCAGUGGGUGAUCUUGGUGGGUUCAUUUCUCUCCACCCUCGGAGCAGGUCUGCAAUCAUUGACAGGAGCUCCACGUCUGCUGCAAGCCAUCGCAAAAGAUGAAAUUAUACCCUUCUUAGCACCCUUCGCCGUUUCGUCAAGCAGGGGCGAACCUACUAGAGCCCUGCUUCUAACAAUGGCGAUCUGCCAAUGCGGUAUCCUGCUCGGCAACGUAGACAUCCUCGCGCCACUACUCUCUAUGUUCUUCCUUAUGUGCUACGGGUUUGUGAACCUCGCCUGCGCAUUACAGACCCUCCUCAAGACUCCUAACUGGCGUCCUAGAUUCAAGUACUACCAUUGGUCAUUGUCGUUAGCGGGACUGACGCUGUGCAUCUCGAUCAUGUUCAUGACAUCCUGGUUCUACGCACUCAUCGCGAUGGGCAUGGCCGGUCUCAUCUACAAGUACAUUGAGUAUCGCGGAGCGGAGAAAGAAUGGGGCGAUGGGCUCCGCGGUCUCGCACUAUCAGCUGCUCGCUAUUCCCUACUGCGACUGGAGCAAGGCCCUCCGCAUACGAAGAACUGGCGACCGCAGGUGCUCGUGCUCGCCAAGCUUAACAACGAGCUCCAACCCACGUACAGGAAGAUGCUCGCUUUUGCUAGUCAACUUAAAGCUGGUAAGGGUUUGACGGUCUGUGUGUCGGUGUUGCCGGGCGAUUUCACGCGACGCGCGGGCGAAGCUUCCACCGCGAGGCAGAACCUCCGCAAGUGCAUGGACGACGAGAAACUCAAGGGCUUCGUCGAUGUACUUGUCGCGCCCAGUAUAUCUGAUGGACUGAGCCAUUUUGUCCAAACAUGCGGUCUUGGAGGUCUGAAACCGAACACGGUGAUCGUGGGGUGGCCGUACGGUUGGAGACACUCCGAAGAGUUGGAGGCGAGCAGCUUGCCCAAGUGGCAUGGUUUCCUGCAUACCGUGCGCGCCGUCACCGCCGCCAGGAUGGCCAUGCUGGUACCCAAGGGGAUCAACUUCUUCCCUGAUUCCACUGAGAAGAUAUCUGGCAAUAUUGACAUCUGGUGGAUCGUACACGACGGUGGCAUGCUGAUGUUGCUCCCGUUCCUGCUCAAGCAACACCGGACCUGGAAGAACUGCAAGAUGCGCAUCUUCACCGUGGCCCAGAUGGAGGACAACUCCAUACAAAUGAAGAAAGACCUGAAAAUGUUCCUGUACCAACUGCGUAUCGAAGCUGAAGUGGAAGUUGUUGAAAUGACUGACAGCGAUAUAUCUGCGUACACGUACGAACGCACAUUGAUGAUGGAGCAACGCAAUCAAAUGCUGCGCGAACUGAGGCUCAACAAAAAAGAAACACUCGGCAUGAUGCAAAAUUUCGUGGACUAUCGUGAAAACGCUGAGGAGAAGUUGCCUCUGGUGCAAGCGAUAGUAGACCACCACCACGCGGACGUGAAGACCGCUAGCAAGGUGCGGUUCGCGGAGCCGGGCAGCGGCGGCGGCGAGACCGCGGAGGAUGCGCCCUCACCGCCGCUCACAGACACCGAAGACAGGGACAAGGACAAGGACGACAAGGACGACUUUCGAAGUAGUUUGUUGCACAUAAUCGAUUCAAUGUGGGACUCGCCCGAUGAACGGUCGCAGUGUGAGGGAGGGAACUCGCCGCCGCCAGAAGCCGACAAGCAAAAGGAGAACAACCCCAACGGAGAUGCAAUCAAGCCCAAGCCCAACAUGGAUAUUACACCCGAUGAGGGCACAGUGAGGCGGAUGCACACAGCGGUGAAACUGAACGAGGUGAUUGUGACACGCUCCCACGACGCACAACUAGUCAUACUGAACUUGCCCGGCCCGCCCAGGGACACCAAAUUCGAAAGAGAAUCCAACUACAUGGAGUUCCUGGAGGUACUGACCGAGGGCCUGGAGAAGGUGCUGAUGGUGCGCGGAGGAGGGCGCGAGGUGAUCACUAUCUACUCGUGAACGCACCACGCCGCCGCCACGCCCUCUCCCCAACUCGAACUGUUAGUGGAAGCGACCGCGCUCGCCAGCGCCCUUAUGAAAUGUCUUUGUGAUUCUAUUAUAACUGUUAGUGCUCUAUUUUGAACGUUCGAAUUCGAGUUCGUGUCUCGUUAAUCGUUUUGUAAAAUUAACAAUCGCAUAAUCGCUCUCGAAAGACUGCCGAGACGGACGUUACGUUCCAAUUUGUUUAUAAAUAUUGUAUUUUCUUACUAUUACUAUUAUAUUGACGUUCGUUUGACUGUAAAUGUUAGCUUAGUUCUAAAUGUUUUGUUACAUUUGCUGUUUAGGGAGUCGUUGUUUUGAAAUUUAUUCACUGUUGUAUAGAUAUGUAUGGAUAAAUGUAUGUAUGAAUCUAAUGAGGAGCCUUAAACUAUCGGUCGUUAGCUCUAAGUUUGUUUUUGUUACGUACCUAGAUUAGACACUAGACUUGAAUUAAUUUAGGUAUCUAAGUGACUCCUUGGUUACCGAUAUGCCAUAUCGUUUUCGUUUUAUGACGUAGCCCCUCGCUAUUGUUUUAAUGGUACUAUUUUAUUUGUUUUUCUAACAAUAUUAAAGAAUGUAGAUACUUUGUAAGCAUAUACAUUUAUUAAAAAAGAACAUUAAAGAUUUUAAUCUACUUAUAUAAAAAUGUAUUUUGUAAAUAAUUAUUUUGUUCUAAGAUUUUUACAUCUGCUCAACUUAAAACUUACCGUGGGACUGAAGCAUCGACAUUUUACUUCAAUACAUCCCAGCCCUCGUAGGUGACUUUACGAACAUACUAAAUCAAUUUAUCAUUCUAGUCAUUUGACUUUAUUAUUACCUAAAGUGAAAUAUGAAAAAAAAAAUACCAAAAAAUAACUACCUACUUUUUACAUACCUACCUACUCUUAUUAGUCUUUUAUCUAAUAUUUAAUUUAAACCAGUUUUCUCUAACCCUCCACCGGGUUUUAUGGUGAGUAGAUCCAAAUAUCCCAAAAUAAACAAUACUAAUCAAUAUGCAGUAAUUAUAACAUGUAACUGACUUUGAAUAGUAGGUAUUGUGAGAAAUUCGGUAAGGCAUGUCCGGAUUUAUCAAUGUAACAUUUAUUUUCAUGUCGCAAUAAUUCUACAUAAUUAACUAUAAAAAAUUGUUACGCACAUUCGCGAAGUUAAAUGAUUUUUUACUGUGAUCGCUAUCAGUACCGAGUCUGAGCUAAUUAGGUACGAGUACAUUUAUUUUAGCAAUUAUUAUAUAUUCCUUACAUUGAUACGUGUAAACUAUAAUAAUAUAUCCACUCAAUGGUAAUACCAAAGCGUUUUCAAUAUUAUAUUUUUCUGCCAGCUCGGACCUUAGUUAACGAUCACCUAAAUUAAUAACACCAAAUGGCAUUAUACGUAGAUAUAAGUAUCCGUUCCAUAAUUCUACAAAAUAUUAUAUCUAAAACGUAGCAUAUACGUUAUAAAGAAUGGAAUGUCAAUUUUUAUUUCAACAUCAUUUCCGUUACCAAAAAUUUAAAUCUGCUCUGAUAAUUCAAUGCGUUUCGUUUUACCGAAACAUCGCGCAAUGUAGAACAUAGUACUCAUAUAAUAGAUGUUAGAUAGCGGUUUCGAAAUAAAUCAGACGAUUUUUAUUUUUGGUAAAGGUGUAAGUCUAAGAAUAAAUAUAUUUCUAAUUCAUAAUAAAAGAGUGUUAGGUAACUGCCAAAUAGGAAUCGGUGUUGUAAAAUAUCCUAGUCCGUAAGUACCUAAUUCUAAUUAAUUUCAUUGUUCAAAAUUCAUAUUAAUUAGAUCAAAGAUCAAGUUAAUUGUUGUAAGAGGAGUCUAGUGCAUGAUAUCACUAUAAUGAUUACUAGGUAGCGUACAUAGUGAACCAUAGAUGAAGCAUUUAUCUGAAUCUAUAAUCGUAAACGGUUAUGUUGCAAUAUUCAUAAAGCUAUUGACAAUACUCGUGGUGAUUUCUGAAUACCUAUACUCCAACUUCGCGAUCUUAAAGUCAUAGACGAUAUAAUAGUUGUUUUCAAUUAAAAACUUCAGUAAUAUUUUAUAUCUUUGAAAUUGAGAUUUAUUCAAAUGUAGGUCCUGGACAUAUUUCUCUAUAUUUAUGUAUAUCUGCCUACAGGCAUAAAUUACCCUUUAAUGGUUACUUUGGCCAUUUUACACUUCGACUAAAUAUGACGUCAUAAAUUCUAUAUAUUUUAUGCAUAGAUUUCAUAUUAUUGGACACUAUUUCAUGGGACAAAUUAUAUUUUAAUUAUAAGACAAAUUAUGAAUUAAAAUUAUAUGAAUCUACUUAUAAAUACAUACUUUCUCGAUAUAGAGGCGAGAACGUCUCAGAAAAUAAAUUAUAAUCGGUGCCAUUUUCACUUCAUUGAAGUAAAUAGAUGUAUAUUAUUCUAAAUGAUAUUUACUUAUUAACAAAAAAUGAAAUAUAAUUGUUUUAAGUUCGUGAUAUUGAAAGAAACAAAUUAUUUUUAUCACCUAGUGAUACAAAAUUCAUGGUAUUAUUGAAAUAGUACACACAUAUCUUCAUUUUCGCAUAGAAAAUUAUAUCAAUCAACUGUUUAUGCCUAUGAAUAGGUAAAGGAAUAAAAUUUAUUUGAAUAAAUAAAUAAAUUAUUGAAUUAUAUACAUCAAAAUUUAAAACUUAUAUUUGAUAUGUAUAUGUAUACAUUGCCAAUCGAAUUUGAUUAAUUAUCCAAAUAUUACGCUUAUGUAUAACAAUGUACACAUAGCAACCUAUUGUGAACUAACUAAACGAUCAGAGACGAGUAAAUAAAAGACACUGCGUCCAAUUAAAGCCCUGCACACAUGCAAUCUCGCUUAUUAUGGUUACUUCCCUUAUGGACUUGUGCUGACGCUCAGAAUUUUUUUCCUCGUCUGUCUUUAUAUAAUUUAUUAACACAUUGUAAUAUCUCUAGUACUGUGUGACCUAAAUACAUACUCAAAUAUAAUAGUAUUCUGGUAAUAAAUUAAAUAGUUGAGUUGUCAUUCAAUCAAAUACUGUAUUGUGUGUAAUCAAUUAUCACGUAUUUUCUCGUCACCUUUAAAUAUUAUUCAAAUUUGAAUAUUAUUAUGCAGUAUCAUAUAUAAAAUGUUUUCCUGAAACUACCUAUUACAUAAUUUACCUAUGUAUAAUUAAUAACUACUACCUUAUAUGUACUACUUUCCAGUGUACGUAUAUUUAUUGCAAACAAGAAAUUAAUUACUAGGUAUAUUGUGUAAAUACCAUUUUUAUGAAUUAACUACAUAGGCAAUUAGAUUGUUACCAAUCUGUUAGACGUCUACCUGAAUUCAAAUUCGAUUCUCGUUGAAUCUUGUCUGAUAUGUUCUGUGAGCGUAUUGAUGCAUCAAAUUAAUAUCUAACUACACCAAACGCUUGUAUUAUACCUACACAGACAUGUGCCAAACUAUAGGUAUCAUAGACGGUGACAAUCCAUGGGAUAUGCGCGAUAUGUAGACUAAUUGCAGAUUAAACUUUCAAUGGGAUAAUUAUAAUGUGUAAUCAUAAGCUUUUGGAGUUACAUUGUGUGUUAGAGAUAUCACUUAACUAACAUAGUUGUAAUUCAAAAAAUGCACAUACAUAGUUAACCUAUUUCAAAUAGAUAUAAAGUCGUGUUCGUAAAUUCAAUCGUACAUUAGCCUUAUUCAGAGCCAGUAUAAAUGUAUGUGCGAUCGCCGGCAAAGUAAUAUGCACCAUCAAACAUCAUGUAUGCCAAAGGGCUUUAUGGUGCUACCGCUCUGCCGGCGACUGCACCCAUUCAAUCUGUCGAGUGUCAAGUUUAUCGAUGUAAAAUGUAUUUUAGAUUUUAGGCUGUGAGUCAGCGUAAACACAUUCUUUACAAUUAAAUAUUCAGGCUAGAGUUGCUGUGAUACACCAUUAUGGCUAUAAAGUUAUUAAGUAGUCAUUUCUGGCUAUAAUCAAUGAAAUAUAAAAAAUGAAGCCAUAUUCUAUCUGUGAUUUCACUGACGAGUAGUGCACCUUUUACCCGGAAAUAUCUUUGAACGCCCAAGAAUCAUCAUUUGAGUUUUCGGCAAGUAAAAUAUAAGUAUAAAAGUAGUUCAUGAUUUUUCGCCUCGUAAUUUAUAAAUAAAACAAAAAAUUAUGACAAGUUUGUCUGUACAUUGAACAGUUUGAGCAUGUCUUCGUAAAAUGUUAUCCACGUUCAUUAUCGCAGAAUAAAAAAAAAAUAUAUAGAGAUAAAAUACAAUUUUGUCACCGCGGUGCAAUAUGCUAGGAUUUAACUAUGAUGUAUUUAAUAAAUAUUUUGAUCUGGAACGAGUUUUUAUUAGUGAAAUAUUUCGAAUUGUAAAAGUUAUUUAAGAAAUUACUAAAAUAUUCAAAUAAUAAUUCUAGUGAAUUAGUCGGUGAGUAUAUUUAAGUGAAAGAUGUUAUGAGUAUAAUGAAUUAAACUAAUGAUAAAAUUA